AGAUUGUUUCUCUGCCUUUGCGAUUUAUCAUCAAUUAUCAAUCUCAUUUUUCAUAAUUCCUUUCAUUGUAGAAAUUAUAAAUAAAAAUGGCAAAAACUAUUGAUUUGGAACUAAAAAAGGCUUUUACUGAACUUCAAGAAAAAAUGAUUGAAACUUCACAAAAGUUAAGAAUUGCUGAUAUACAAAUAGAGAAUUUGAAAAAGAGUAAACAACAUUCAGAAAUCACUGAACGAGAAAUAUCUUCGUUAGCUCCUGGAACGAAAACAUAUGAAUCUAUUGGUCGAAUGUUCUUAUUAAAUGAUAUUGAUAAUGUGAAGAAGAAUCUACAAAUGAAGCAGAAAAGUGCAGCGGAUAAAAUUGAAACCUUAGUGAACACCAAAAUAUACUUGGAGAAAAAUUUGAAAGAUAGUGAAAAUAAUUUACGAGAAAUGGUUCAAAAUAGAAAAGAACAAGACAAGUCAUAAAACAUAGCAAAUUCUGUAUUUCUCUGUUGAAUUUUUUGUUUUAGUAAAUUGAUAAUGGAUUAUAAAUAUGAUUGCUUGUUUUUAAAAAAAAUUUUGGUGAUAUGUAUAAGAAUAUUUUUCUGGAAAUGGUUAUGUUCUCAAAACAUCGUUAACCAGUUAACUGUGGCACAGUUUUGUGUCUUAAGAAUUUAGCUAUGACCUCAUAGCUUUAGUUCAAUUUGUCACAGAACAAGUUGCGCUGGUAAGAUAUGGUAUGAGAAACAUGUGUUCAUUUUACAAAAUUGGAAAUUUUAUUACCAAAUUUUAAGUUUUCGACUAACAUAAGCACACAUUGCAUGCAUAUUAAAUUUAUGAUGGAAUAAUUUUAGUUAAAUAUUAUACCUGUAUGUAAAACUACAUGUUAUAAUAUUUUCCAGGCACCAUAAAAAUAGUUAAGAAUGAGAAGCAGUAUUUAUUGAAAAAUAC